AUGUUCCGCGUUACUGUAGGAUGGUGCAUCGCCAAUGCGGGCUGCUCAAUCGCCUCGAGAUCCUUCAGUACAUCCCCAAUUGCUCAGGCAGCGGCGGAGGUGAAAAAGGUGGGAGUUAUCGGAGCUGGACAAAUGGGUCUGGGGAUUGCGCUAGUUACCGCCCAAAAGGCUGGCGUACCCGUAACCCUGAUUGAUAACUCCCAAGCUUCUAUCGAUAAGGGGAUGCAAUUUGCAGAAAAGCUACUUGAGAAAGACGUCUCAAAGGAGCGUAUUACCAGAGACCACGCCACCCAAAUCCGCUCGAUGAUCAAACCCAGCACCAACCUCUCCGACCUCGAAGACGUAGACUUCGUAAUAGAAGCCGUUCCCGAAAUCCCAGCGCUCAAGUCAUCCAUUUUCGCCCAACUAGCUGAAAUCGCUCCCUCACACGCCAUCCUUGCCACAAAUACAUCCUCCAUCUCCAUCACCAAGAUCGCCGCUGCAACCACCAAGAACCCUACAGACCUGUCUGCCUCGUCGCGAGUUAUCUCCACCCACUUCAUGAACCCCGUCCCCGUCCAGAAGGGCGUGGAAAUCAUCACGGGCCUACAAACGUCCCAGGAAACCAUUGACACUGCCAUGGAGUUCGUCAAACGCAUGGGCAAGAUCCCGGCCCGCUCCACCGAUUCUCCUGGCUUCCUAGCCAAUCGUAUCCUCAUGCCAUAUGUAAAUGAAGCGAUCAUGUGUCUGGAGAACGGUAUUGGCACUAAGGAGGAUAUCGACAGCAUCAUGAAGUACGGUACCAAUGUGCCAAUGGGCCCGCUGACGCUGGCUGAUUUCAUUGGUUUGGAUACGUGCUUGGCUAUUAUGAAUGUGCUGCAUACCGAGACUGGUGAUAGCAAAUAUCGGCCCGCAGGAUUGUUGAAGAAGAUGGUUGAUGCUGGUUGGAUGGGCAAAAAGUCCUCCAAGGGGUUCUAUGAUUAUUGA